UGUAUUUCGACUGUUCCGUAUUGGCGGGUCUGGGAGCGUGUGUGUGUGUGUGAUUUAGUGAACUGUGCACCUCCCCGCUACACACACACACACACACACACGGACACACACACACACACACACGCCAAGGAUACGUAUACAUUCACAUACAUACAUACACAUAUACAUCUAUGCAUUCGUCUCUUCGCUUCUUCUUCGCCGCCGCCGCCGAAGAAAAAUAAAGAAAGGAAAAACAGACAGUGAGGGAAGGAGGAAGGGAGAGAUUUACUCCUCCCUUCCCUCCUCCUCCUCCUCCUCCUCCUCCUUCUCCUCUUCCUCCUCCUCGUCAUCGUCGUCGUCGUGGUGGCGGCGACGGUAGUGAUGACUGAGGCGAUAAAAGCGGAGCGUGCGGGGCGGGCGUCGGAGUGCAUCAGCCAGGGCGGCAUCCUCAAUGAUAGCACACAGUUGUUCUCCAUUAUUAAGAACGCGGAGCGCGCGGGGCGUGCGGCGGUGUGCAUCGGGUGCGGCGGCGUGAUCCACGACCAGUACAUCCUGCGGGUGGCGCCCGACAUGGAGUGGCACGCCGCCUGCCUCAAGUGCGUGGACUGCCACCAAUUCCUGGACGAGUACUGCACCUGCUUCGUAAGGGACGGCAAGACCUACUGCAAGCGGGACUACGUCAGGCUGUUCGGCGCCAAGUGUGACAAGUGCGGGCGUAUGUUUGAGAAGACGGACAUGGUGAUGCGCGCCAGGACCAAGAUAUACCACCUGGACUGCUUCAGGUGUACGACAUGCACGAAACAGCUGCUCCCCGGGGACGAGUUCGCGCUGCGGGAGGACGGUCUCUACUGCCGCUACGACUUCGACGUGUUCGAGAAGAAGGCAAACGCGGAGAACAACAACACCACCAACAUCAACAACAACGAGCUCAAAGGUGAGGGUCGGCCGAUGAGAAAGGAGCGGCGGGAGGGGAAGGCGACGAGGGUGCGGACGGUCCUGAACGAGAAGCAACUGCACACACUACGGACGUGCUAUGCCGCUAACUGCCGGCCCGACGCCCUCAUGAAGGAGCAGCUGGUGGAGAUGACGGGCCUCUCGCCGCGCGUCAUCCGGGUCUGGUUCCAGAAUAAGAGGUGCAAAGACAAAAAGCGAAACCAACUCAUGAAACAAAUGCAGCACGAAAAGGUAUGGGAGGAGAAGCAGAUGGCGCUGCAGGGCAUCACGGGCGUGCCCAUGGUGGCUUCCUCGCCCAUCCGACACGACGGCGCGGCGCUGGGCGUGGCCAUGGGCGCCCCGCUGGACGUCACCGCCUACCAGCCGCCCUGGAAGUCCCUCACGGAGUUCGCGCUCACCCACGACCUCGAACGACUCGACCCAACCACGCCGCAGUACCAGCAGCUCCUCCAGCAGAUGCACGGGUACGGCGCCGAGCUGUGUGGUGCCGCUGAGGUGUUGGGUGGCCCUCACCAGCAGCCCCGCCCCCCACCCUCCCAGCUGCACCCCAGGCCGGCCCCCGCCCCCCCAGCAGCAGCAGCAGGGCCCCACCCCCCCCACGGCGACGCCAAAUACGACUCGGGUCCCUUCGACGACUCGGUGCACAGCGACUCCUAUGUGUCGUACCUGGAGAGCGACGACUCCAUGACGGCCCCGCUCUCCUCCACGACCAGCCCCUGAUGGCGCCCGGGUCACGGCGGCGGUGGUGCGACGACCCCUCUUAGUACGACCCCUCCCUCCCCCCACUCCCCUGUUAGGACUUCCGUUAGUAGAAUCUCUGUUAGUAGGACUUCAACUAUUACUAUUACUGCUACGACUACCAUGAUAACCAGUCAGUGUUGAGGCGUACGACCACUGUUACUACGACUACGACUACUAUUACUACCACUACUGUUACUACUACUUUUACUACUACUACUACUACUGCUACUACUACCACAACCACUACUACUACUACUACUACUACUACUACUACCAUUUUCCUUUUGAUAUGUCUGUAAUUAUUGUAUUAUUUAUAUGAUUACUAUUAUUAUUAUUAUUAUUAUUAUUAUUAUUAUUAUUAUUAUAUCCUAACACGACGCCGGUUACUACUACUACUACUACUACUACUACUACUGAUGCUGUUGUUGAUGCUGCGACUACUACUACUACUAUGAAGCGUGGUAUUAUUAUUAUUAUUAUUAUUAUUAUUAUUAUUAUUAUUAUUAUUAUUAUUAUUAUUAUUAUUAUUAUUAUUAUUAUUGUUAUUAUUAUUGAGUCUGGUUGAAAACUAAUUAUUAUCAUUAUUAUUUUUAUUCCAUCUCUCCUUCCUCUUCCUUCUUCUUUCUCCUCCUCCUCCUCCUCCUCCUCUUCCUCCUCCUCCUUCUUUCUCCUUCCCGUCCUUACUUAACAUUCCUUCCAUUCUCUUCUCUACCUCCUCCUCCUCCUCCUCCUCCUCCUCCUCCUCCUCCUCCUCAGCAUGGACGGAGAAACACACAGUCGGUGAUUUUGUUUGUUUGUGUUUGUUUGUUGAUUUUCUCUUCUCAUUGUUUACAUAGAUGUUUGUUCGUUCGUCAGUGUGUUUGUUUGUUUUUAAAUGUGUGUGUGCGUGUGUGUGUGUGUGUUUGUCAGGCAAGGUUUGGGUCUCGUUUUAGAGGCCCGCCGCCCGACACACACACACACACACACACACACACACACACACACACAGACGUUACAUGUUUUUUUUCUGUUUUAUUUAUUUUUAUUUAUUUAACGUGAAAUCGAGAUCUCUUCCAAACAUGAAUUUAAAAAAAAGGUUCCGUGAUGAAUAAAUUAUGCUUUUUUUAUUCAUCACCAGAAAGAAAUAGAAAAAAAAGAAAUAGAUAAAAAUAUAAAGAAAUAAUAAUAAUGAUAAUAAUAAUAAUGAAAAAGAAAACAACACAAAAUAUAUAAAAAAGAAAACCAGAGGAAAAUAGUGAAAUAAAAACAUAUAAUAAUAACAACAACAAUAAUAAUAAUAAUAAUAAUAAUAAUAAUAAUAAUAAUAAUAAUAAUAAUAAUAAUAAUAAUAAUAAUAAUAAUAAUAAUAAUAAUAAUAACAAUGAUGAUAGCAAAACCACUGUGAGGGCUGCCAAAGGUCUGCCUGUCUGUCUGUCUGUCUGUCUAAAUAUACCCGUUUUUUUAUCCACCUCUGUCUGUCUGUCUGUGUGUCUGUCUGUGUCGGCGCGGCGCCCCCUCCUGUCUCCGUGUCACAUAGUGGUGCUGGGGGAGCCCGGCCGAUAGUUCCGUGUUAUGCAGUCAAGAAUUUGAUGUACACUAUUCAUGUGCGUGUGCGUGUGUGUGUGUGUGUGUGUGUGUGUGUGUGUGUGUGUGUGUGUGUGUGUGUGUGUGUGUUUGAAAACCCUUUGUAUGUGUGCAUGUGUGUGUGUGUGUGUGUGUGUGUGUGUGUGUGUGUGUGUGUGUGUGUGUGUGUGUGUGUGUGUGUGUGUGUUUGAAAACCCUUUGUAUGUGUGCAUGUGUGUGUGUGUGUGUGUGUGUGUGUGUGUGUGUGUGUGUGUGUGUGUGUGUGUGUGUUUAUGUGUGCGUGUGUGUGUGUAUAUAUGUAUGUAUAUUAGUUUUUUUCCUCUAUCACUUUCUCUAUCUAUCUAUCUAUCUAUCUAUCAAUGUAUUUAUCUCUAUGUAAACCUAUUUUCUAUUCUAUUUUUUGUCAUUUUUGGGGGCAUUUUUUUCCUUUGUAUAAAUAAUAGAACGAAAAUAUUGACUGUGUACUAUUAUUAUUGUUAUUAUUAUUAUUAUUAUUAUUAUUAUUAUUAUUAUUAUUAUUAUUAUUAUUAUUAUUAUUAUUAUUAUUUUGUUUUAUUACUAAUUUCUAUAUAUUCUUUUUAUUCUUUUUUUUUGCGUAAGAAGCUUUAAUAAUUUGUUCUUUAUUGUUAUUAUUAUUAUUGUUCUGUGUACUCUCUCUCUCUCUCUCUCUCUCUCUCUCUCUCUCUCUCUCUCUCUCUCUCUCUCUCUCUCUCUC